UUUAACCGCCGAAGUUCUAAGUUCAAAUGUCAACCUGCGUCCUUGCGAUGCGCCCGCGCGUAUAAAUAGCGCAUCCCGCCGAGAGAUGGCAUCAGUCGCCUGCUAGCUCUCAGCCAAAACUCGCCAAAAUGAAAUCGUUCAUCGUAUUCGCCCUGCUCGUCGCGGCCGCCGCCGCCGCGCCCCAGCAGCGCGGGCCCGACGCUGACGCGCAGGUGCUCAAGUACGAAGCCGACAACAUCGGCCUCGACGGCUACUCUUACUCUGUGGAGACCUCCAACGGCAUCCAGCAGCAAGAGCGUCAGCUCCAGAACGCCGGCACCGAGAACGAAGCCAUCUCCGUCCGCGGUUCCUACUCCUACACUGGCCCCGAUGGCGUCGUCUACACCGUCACAUACAUCGCUGAUGAGAACGGCUUCCAACCCCAGGGCGCCCACCUUCCCCAAGCCCCUUAAACUAGUCAGACAAUUUCUGUAGCAAAGCUGUGAUAAGCCCGGUUGUUAAUAAAGUUUUAGUUUUUUUGUUUUAAUUUUA